GCACUGCCCACCAACCUUGGUCUGCUCUCAGCCAGCCCCCACCUACCUGCUUUCUUCCCUCCACUUCAGCCUCCUCCUUAGUCUCAGUGCUACAUAACUCAGAAGGGAGGAGGGUGGGGAUGAAACUGAUAUUAGUUGGCUCUGCCUAUCAUUCACCCUAGCUCUGCCUAUUGCCCUUUCUGUCUUCUGCCCAACCAGGGCAAGUGGAUACCACCCUUUGCUGCUCCAACCCAUCAAGGAUCCUUUUUGAAAAAUAUUUGUUCCUUCCCUCCUUAUAUUCCUGUAUGGACCUACUUGUCUCUGAUGAUAUGCACUUAGCUAUGUUUGUUCUUGCAGAAAGAAAAUUUGCCAAUGAAGCCCGGAGGAUAGCAGAAGAGAAUGCCUUCGAGGGGGAAAGAUCGCAGACACCUCUUCUUGGCAUCGCUCGAGAGUAUGUUCAAGAGGUCAAGGCAAGUAUAAUAGUUGCAACCAUACGUGGAAUUACCUGCCUGGGAUUGAGUUUGGGGUAAAUUGGUUGUGCCAGUGCGCAGCUGUGCAUAGCAGUGAUUGGCUGGUGUUGGUAACAUCAGAACCCCACCUUCCAAUGCCUGAAGAGUUUUCCAACUCUUUUAAAUGGUUUUUUUUGUUUGUUAUUUUAAUCAACUGAACCUAUAUAAUUAAUUUAACAUCUAUAUGAAGCUAUUGGGAGCACUCGUUAGGAGUCUUGGAGCAAGGUGUCACUGGUAUGCUGAUGACAUGCAGCUCUACUACUCCAUAACAUUUGAAUCAGGAGUGGUUAUGCAAGCUCUGGACUGGUGUCCGAAUGCAGUGCUGGAUUAGAUGAGGGCCAAUAAACUGUUUAAAUCCUGGAAAAAUAGAAGCUCUUUGAGAGGGCGAUUCCCAUGCCUGGGAGGUAGGCAAGUUACCCAUUCUGGACAGGGUCGCACUUCCUCUGGAAGUGCAGAUGUGUAAGCUUGGGUACUCUUGGGUACAUUCCUGUCACUAGAAGAAAAAGUGUGGUUGGUCAGCUACAACCUUUCCUGGACAGGAAUAGCCUAACCACUGUAGUUCAUGCACUGGGGCUGGUUUACUGCAAUGUGCUCUAUGGAUGUCUGUUCUUUGGGAGCUCCAGCUGCUGCAGAAAGUGGCGGCCAGACUGCUGAUGGGGACACAUGGCUGUCGACAUGUGGCAUCACCAUUAUAACAUCUGCAGCGGCUGCCCAUCCACUACUGAGCCAGGUUCCGGGCCCUUGUAUUAAUUUAUCUUAGGUUCAAAAUACCUUAGGGGCUUCUUCCCCUGCUUGAUCACUGAGAUCAUCCAUAGGAGCGUCGCUGAUUGUUCCACAAGCUGGUGAAACUCCUUGAACAUCCACAUGAAACUGAGCCUUUCAUUGGCCCAGCCCUGUAGAAUAUAGAUUCAGUAGGCAUCUUCUGCAUUAACCUUUAAACAUUUGCCGAAGACUUUUCUUCUGCCGGGCCUAUACAAUUAAGAAAAACAUUUUUUGUAAUAGCUAGUGAUCUGUGUUUUUUAAUUGUGUAUAUAUAAUUGUUGUAAACCACCAUUUGAUCCUUUUAAAAUGAUGGUAUACAAGUAUUUUUUAUGAAUAAAUAUGCCUAUAAACAGUUCAACCCAAUGUUUGUUUACUCAGAAGUCAGUCACUUUUAAGAGCACACCUUUCUCAUUUUGUCCAGAUCCAAAGAAUCCAAAAGGAGCUCAAGAAGCUUGGGAUCUGCUUUUCACCACCAGCUUCAGAAAAUAGCCACGAAAUGGGCAACUUGAGCAGUGAUGCAGUUGUUUCUGAUGAGUAUCCAGGCAAACUGAAGUUCUCACUUCUCUACAACAAAGAGCAGCUGGAGCUCCUCUUGACCGUCACAGGAGCCCUGGGCCUACCCACCCAACAGUGCACCAACACCUUUGUCAAGGUUAGGCUGCUGAGCUGGGCUUCCUCCCAGUCUCCUGAUCUCCAGUAUAUUGUCCACGAAUGGCAGACCCACGUGGCAAAGAACUCCAGCAGCCCAGACUUUGGAGAUCAGUUUACUUGUACCCUGCAGGAGGCCGAACUGACAAGGAGCAGCAUCAAGUUACAGGUGAGAGCGAUAGUGGGUAGUCUUCUAUAGUUUUACAGAAGGGCGCAUUUACAGGAGAGCUUCCCACAUUCCUGGUUCAGUGUUUUAGCACUAAAGUUCUGUUCCCAGAAAAAAGCAGGCCAGAUGAUAUGGGUGAGUCCCAUGCUAGUGUGUCUCAGUGGAUGGUAAUGGAGUCUUGGCGAGCCUGGUUGUUACUGCAGUGCAAGCAGGUGGGGGCUCGGGUGAAUUAGUGGCACGUGGCUUCAAGGGAGUGGAUAUGCCUUAGAAUAUUAAGGAUGUCAGCAUGGAUAGCUCAGUUGGAUAGAGCAUGGUGCUAAUAAUGCCAAGGCAAGGUUGCAGGUUCAAUCCCAGUAUGAGACAGCUGCAUAUUCCUGCAUUGCAGGGGGUUGGACUAGAUGAUCCUCAGGGUCCCUUCUGUGCUUCUGCUAUGCUGAUUCCUCUCCUCGGUAGCCCAGAGACCUGCUUCACCCAAGGUUCCUCUCUUCCAUUCCUCUUCCCCACAUAUUUUUUUAAAUAGACUUAAUUUUUCAAUUACAAUCCAAUAAUAGCCUCAUUAUAACAAUACCAAAUUAUAAUACAAUUUCUAAUACCAUUCAUUCAAAUACAGUGGUACCUCGGUUUAAGAACAGCCCUGUUUACAAACAAUUCGGUUUACAAACUCCGCAAAACCAGAAGUAAUGUCCCGGUUUGCGAACUUUACCUUGGUCUAAGAACGGAAUCUGAACGGUGGAAGGGCACCGGCGGCAGGAGGCUUCACUAGGGAAAGCGUGCCUUGGUUUAAGAACGGAUGUCCGGAACGGAUUAAGUUCGUAAACCAAGGUACCACUGUACUAAAUUAUAUAAUUUAGGUGGCCCCCUGCAUGCUAGAUUUGAUGGUUUGAUUAUUUUCUUUAUUUCUGCAUUCCAAAAUCUUAUUAAUUUCAAUUACAUUCCAGUCAAAAUAAGAAUCCCUUAUACAACAACUGCAAUAUGAAUAACUUCCAUUCGUGCUGACACAUUAGAUGAUUUAUAGAACUACAAGUGAAAGGCGAAAGAUUUAUACGAUCUGAAGAGAAACCAGAAUAUGGCAACGCCAGAUAUGGCAACGCCAUAUCAUGUGGAAAGCACCUGGAAGUUACAGCCCUUGUUUAAAUCUCAAGUCACAUCUACAUGCAGUAAGGUCCAAUGUGAGAUUCUGAGCCAUUUUCCUUUGAGCUGCAAUAGACAGUUGAGCUGCCAAAAUCAUGUAUAGGUCCUCCCCACACAUUUGAGAGGUGCCAUCACUCCUAGCUGAGGGAAAGACACAGUUCCCAGCCUGGACUGCAAAGGGACUUGCAGGGGUGUAAUGGUGAGGAGGAGGAGGUGGUACUGAACUCUUCUGCCGGCUCCUGAUUCCUCACUGCAAAUGUCCGUCCCCCCCCCCGCACGCAAGACUCCAAAAAUGGAAGUGAGCCUAUCUGAAGAGGAAGGGGAGGCCUGAGGGCAGUUGCAAGGGGAAAGCAGUGGCUGCAGGUGGGGCUGAGCACUCUUCCCUCCCCCUACACCCUGCAAUCUUUGUUAUCUUGUGAAGUGUGGAUUGGCUGGGGUAUACAGUGGUUCCUUGGUUCUCAAACUUAAUCCGUUAAUGGAAGUCCGUUCCAAAACCAAAGUGUUCCAAAACCAAGGCGCACUUUCCCAUAGAAAGUAAUGCAAAAUGGAUUAAUUCAUUCCAGACUUCUAAAAACAACCCCUAAAACAGCAAUUCAACAUGGUUUUUACUGUCUAACAAGGCCAUUGAUCCAUGAAAUGAAAGCAAUAAUCAAUGUACUGUACUAUAAAAUAAAUAAGACAGUAUUGUAGAUGAUAAAAAUUAGAAUUAAUAUUUUUUCUUACCUGCACUGCUGAUAGUUAUUGUUUGGGUGGGGGGGCUUUUAUCCAUUUCCACGGUCACUCAAUCAAUCAAUCAGUAGCUGAACUGGGUUCCACACAGUCACAAAAACAAAUUAACCGAAAAAGCCUCAAAAACAAAAACGCAAAGCAAAUAGCAAAAACAAAAGCACCAAACCUAAUCCGUUCCAGAAGUCCGUUUGACUUCCAAAAUGUUUGAAAACCAAGGCACAGCUUCUGAUUGGUGCAAGCGCCCCAGAAACAAUUGCCAACAGCUGCAUCGGACGUUCGGUUUCCGAAAAAUGUUCGAAAAAUGGAACACUUACUUCCGGGUUUUUGGCAUUUGGAAACCAAUGCGUUUGAAAACCAACAUACCACUGUAAUUCAUUGGGAAUCUGAUACAAGACACACACACAGUGAAAGUGUGGAUCUUGCUUGCAGUACUAGCCACCACACAGAAGCAGAGAAAGGUCCAGAUCUUUUGCUGUUGUAUAAAUAAUAGGCUUAGAAAACAACUCUGGAUGAAGUUAUACACAGAAAAGUAAGCGCCAGGUUGGUAGGCUUUUCCAAUACAUACAGAUGCUAAGCAUCACCGUUGCCCUAACACCAACUAACUAAGACUGAGACUUGCAAGCUGAAGUUUUAUGGCAUUUCAUACAUGAAGUGGCUGUUCUCAAAAUGAGGCAAGAAAUCGCCUCAAAUAAACACAGGGCUCUAGUCAUGUGGUUUGAGGGGUGGGGUGGGGCAGAAAACCCUUUCAAAGCAUGUAACGAUAUAAUUUCAAAUUGUAAAUAAAAAACUAGGUGCAUCAUAGAUCUGAACUGCUGAUCUUUCAGCUGCCUAUGGAGCAAUGCCUCCAUCUUGUGGAAAUCUCCAAUAAAUGCAUGUCUUUCCUGCAAGCAAAAGGUACAUGUGGUUGCCCUCUGUUCCACUUUGUUCAAUUUCCUUUUGCUUGGCUUGACACAUGGUGCCCCAUUACUGCUAUUUGUGCAUUUCCUGUCAGCGUAUGUUUCCCUUUUUCUCAAUAUAUUGGGCUCUUUAGCCAACUUUUUUUAAAAAAAUAUCCUCCCCCAAGCUUCUCAGGCUGCUUGGUGGAGGUUUAUACCUACAUUUUAUCUUGCAUGUAGAGGAAACUGUUUUUGUGAGCUACACAAAAAAGCAAAUGGAUAAAAUUUUGAUGUGUUCGUUGAUGAGGUGAACGAAAUAGUGCUUGUAUCAACCCCAGUGUGAAAGGGAGGCAGCAACUGAACAAAUCAGAUAAUGGGAAAAGCGACAGCAUGGAACUUGUGUUAUAAUAAGGAAGAUGGUGGGAUGUCUGUUCAAAUAAGUGUAAGAUAGUUAUGAAGAUUAUUUCCCAGAAAACCAGUGUUGGGUAGUGGUUGUACUGCUGUACUAUGGCCUGGAAGGCCAGGGUUCAAAUCCACACCGAGCCUUGAAGUACAAUGGGUGACCUUGGGCCAGUCACUUUCUCUGACUAACUUUACCUCACAAAGUUGUUGUGAGGAAAAAACGGGGUGGGGGAGAACCAUAUAUGCCACCUUGAGCCCCUUGGAGAAAAAGUGGGAUAUAAAUGUAAUAUUAAUUAAUUAAUUAAUGGAGUGCAAACUUUUGCACUCGUCCUUCCCUCCCAGUACUAACCAAGAAGGAAUACAGAAUGAAAAGCAAAAUAUUCAUGUGGAAAUCACAUGAAUAACACCUGAACUGAGACACAGCAUCUAGGGUCAACUUACGUGACGCAGGAAAAUGUUCUUUAAGCAAUUUGCGUGAGCAGAGUAAGGCCUGGAAUUUCAACACCGUGUUUCAUAUCUGAGUGGAAAUUCCCCUGAGGUCUUAUGACCUUUGCAGGAAAUACUGGGCUGUAUUCAACUACGGUAACUCAGGCCUCCUCAACCUUGGCCCUCCAGAUGUUUUUGGCCUACAACUCCCAUGAUCCCUAGCUAGCAGGACCAGUGGUCAGGGAUGAUGGGAAUUGUAGUCUCAAAACAUCUGGAGGGCCGAGGUUGAGGAAGCCUGAACUACACUCGGUUAGUCAUGUCCACUAAUUUUAAUGGGUCUACUCUGAGUAAAGAUUAAUUGACUACGACCUACUGAUUUGUCUUUUCAAACUUCAUAUACUAUGGUGGUCUAUGUGUAGAAACCUUCAGUUUAAAUAUUGCCUCACUUUUGAGCUCUUUGUGUGGCUUUAAGCAAACCACUAUCUCUCUUCAGUCCACCAUCCAUAGGGAUAAUACCGUUGGCCUAAUUUAUAGGGCCAUUAGUAUAUCAUCAUCAUCAUCAUCAUUUCUAUGCAUAUAUAUAUAUAUGAAUUGCAGGGAUAAAUGCGUGUGAAGCAUUUCAGGAAUAAACACCAUAAAUCAAUACAGAUUAUUACUGUUAUUGUUAUUGUUAUUAUUUUAUGAUGUCAAUUAUUCCAUAGGUUAAACACUUUGACAGAUAUUCCCGGCAUAUGCCUCUGGGGGAAGUGAGAAUAGCUCUGAAUGCACUUAAUACUUCCAGAAAGAUCGAAUUCUGUGAAGAAUUACAGAAGGCGACAAAGGUAGCUGUGGGUUUUCUUCAUUACUUUGGGAGAAUUCUCAAAAUCCUACAUUAAUUUUUUUAUUACAAAAUAAAAAUUCCAGGUUAUUGACACAGAAGGUGAGAUCAAGAGUAGUGCGAGCAGCCACUUGCUCAUGGAACGGGGCAUCUACUUCCCUUUCUCACCCCUGCAGCCUUCAAUUCACCCACAAAAUCUGCUCCCAAGUGUUGAGGGAACACUCCAGAAAUGAUUUUGAGGGUGCCUGGUGGGGAGGGGUUAGAGGGGGGUGGAAAAAGAGAAAUAGCAAGUCCCUUUGUGCAAGUGGAUUUCUGUCACACAAGCAGACUGCCACAAAGAGAGAUCACCCAGAAAAUUCUCAAAAUUAUGAAGACAUGAUUCGUGCAUUAUCAGAGCUGCAGAGUUCCUAUUUAUAGAUGGGAUGCUUAUAAAUUUACAGAUGACACAAAGCUGGAAGGAAUAGCUAACACCAUAAAAAACAGAAUUAAGAUUUAAUGUAAUUUUGGCAAGCUGGAAAACCAGGCUGAAACCAACAAGAUGAAAUGUAGAAGACAACAGGCCCGAGGGAUUUCAAUAUCCUUGCUGAAUCUUACCAAAUCAAAUAAACAAGAAAUUAACUAUUCUGUUGUAAGGAAAACAAGCAAAAGUACAACGACAAAAAUUAAGCCCGUUUAACCAAAUACCUGGGUAGAACACAAACAUGCACACAAUACAUUUGAACAGAUUAAACAACCAACGGCCUUAGUAAUAGUUCCCACCCUGUUUUUCACUUAGAGCAGCCCACUCUGUGCCAAGUAGACUUUCACUCUGUGGCUUUUGAACAACUUAAUACCUUUCACCGCCAUGAAUUGUUGUCCACAAGCAUCUACAGGAAGAAACUGCCACCCCUUGUCCAUAGAAGCAACAGAGUAAGAAACAGUCGGAAAAUAAAAAGUGGGUGGCAAUAAGCCAUAGCUGAUUUCUCUCUUCCCCAUUCCAAUCCUAAGGAAAUUCCUGGGCCUCAAGGUUGGUAAGGCUGAAGGAGAAUUGCAAGUGGAUUUGCUGGCCUUCCCCUCCAGCGUUUCCCUUACAUCUUUUCACAGGACACAGUCGGAGAAGUUCUUGUGUCACUGAAGUGCCUUCCGAUCUCUCAGAAGAUAGAGGUUGGGCUACUGAAAGUGAAAACUGCCUUCUUGUACAACAGUCCAGAGAAACGUAAAUAUAUCUGUUUUCUUGUUCUUUGCCUGAUGUUUGGGUGCUGCCUCCUUCUGACCUGCUGUCCCACCUGGAAAGAGGUGACUCACAAGAGAGGUGUAUUCUUGAAUAUGUUGAUAAAAACUGACCCAGAGAUGUAGAGUCUUGGUAUCAUUAGAGCCCGAUUAAAGUUCUACAGACACUGUAGCAGUAAUAGUUGAAGGUGGAGAGUGUCUUGGGAAUUGAUCAUUUUCUCCUCACCCCAUGCACUAAAAGCAUAAAGUCAAUCUUGAAAUCCCAGCUCAGUAUCUCUGUCCCCUUGAAGUUGUUUCAGGCUGUAGUGCAGGAAGUGGUCCAAAGGUGUGACUGAAGAGAAUGGAUGUAGCAUAGUGCUGAAAGGCAAUAGAGCACAAAAACUGAGAUAGGUGGGCUGGAGAAAUGACCAAAUAAUAAUAAUUGAAGGGAGUGGGGGAACUAUAUAGGGACCCUUAUCUUCUGAUAAAUGGAAGUCCAGCUUUGAUCUCUGACACCAGCAGAUACAAAACUACAAGGCUUUUCCAUACAAAGAUGAGGACUACAGGCUUGCUUUUUUGGUUUACUGGAAUAUGAGUUUCAUGUUUAUCUAAAUUUCCAAAAGAUCUCUAGAACUAGGGCUACUGUACAUCCAGAUUUUCCUGGACAUUACUGGGAUUUCAAAGGUGAGGUGAAUUUCCAAAAAGCAACACUUUGCCCUUUCGGGUUUUCCUUUAAAAAAAAGCUCAAGAAUUUUGGGGUCUUCCUAAAACAAACAAACAAACAAAAAAAAACUUUCGAUGUAUCCUGGUUUUUGCUUUUUGAAAUAUGGCAACCCUACUAGAACCCUUGUUUUAUAUUCUGUAGUUGCUUUCUUGCGAUCCAGUUAGAGAUUAAUAUGCACAUCCAGUUUGCUCCAGAGUACCGUAUGUUGUUCUUAGUGCUUCUGAAGCCUUAGCACAUUAUAUCUCAUUUGCAGUGUUAGAUUCUUCCUCCUUUUACCUCUCCUGUAUGGCUGUGUCACAGACAUUUGUAGUCCUCCCUCUCACAGAGAUAGAAGUUAUUACUGCUUCCAAUAAUCGUCAAAUUCCUCCCUCUCAGCCUCAAUGCAAGGAAAAGAUAAAUUAUUAAAUCUCUGCCCAGUUCAGAGGAAUAGUUGUGAUCUUGGGACAAUAACUGUUCAUGUUGCCACUCCUUCUGAUGCUCUUUCUGUUCCAGGUAUAUAUGCAAGGAUCGAUGUCUUCUGCAAUCUCCAUAAGCAGAAGCAUCAGAAAUCCAAGCCCAAGACCCUCACAUCAAUUACUGUCUUCAAUGAAACCUUCCUGUUCCACCUGCCUCAGCCUAUAGUUUGGGACUGUGCUCUCCUCAUUUCCAUUUAUGAGCUGCGUCCCAGAAGCAAGCAGCUUGUAGGACAGGCUGUGCUGGGGAAACGAGGACCCAACGAUAUGAAUGACCACUGGCAUCGCAUGGCACAGUCCAUCCAGCAUCCUGUAGCUAAGUGGCACCCUUUGCUCAUUUAAAAGUUGGAUUUCGCAGUUAUGUGGAUGUGCCCAAACUUUCCUCCUUAACACUAGGAGCUACUGUAGCAUCCAAGCAAGCCCUCUUAAGCAGAGGUGAAUAAUGACCGACAGAGUUUGGUCAGAGCAGCAGUAGUAGAGGCCACAAACUUCUUUCAUGCAAAACUUAUUUCUUUUCAUUCUCACAGGUGUUUCCAUUGAAGAAAAGGAUUUCCCCCAUCACGGCCACUGUGCCAUUGUACUUUAUAGCAAACAAGGAUACUGGGCCAAGGAGCAUAGAUGGAAAUCAAAGAAACUGUUGUGGGCACCAAAAAAAUACCCAUUUCACAGAAGAAAAACUGGCAAUGUUCAGAACCCAGCCCCCACAAAAAAAAAACAGAGCAAACACCACAUGUGCCCCGUGACACUAAGAAAAAAGCAGGCAACUCUCCUGCCAAACAAACAAGCAAAAAGCCAAAAUAACUGGAUGUUUUUUAUUGGUGCCAAAGGUGGGUGUUCUGAGGGCUCCGUUUGUGCUCACGGGCACUGCAUUGGGGAACCUAAUGGCAGCAUGGUGUGGCUGCAACUGGGGCUUAAACACACUAAGAAAACACAGACACCCCCUUGCCAUUAAAAUAGUCAAGGGAUGAAUUGGACACGGAGAGGAAGAGGAAUGGGAUGCCUAGGGUUGCAUAGGAAACCUGUGUUCAUUCUCCAUUUUGAACUCAAGUUCUUUUGCCACAUUUUCUGCCAGUUGGCCUACAGCUGGGAAGAGGCUAUAGCUCAGUGUCAGAGCACACACUUUGUGUGCAGAAGAUCCCAUGUAGGAUCCCUGACAUUUCCAGUUAAAAAGAUCGCAGCUAACAUGUCUGGGGAAGACCUCUGCAUGAGGGCCUGCAUAGCUGCCAGCAUAGUAGUGAAGGGAGAGCUGUGGCUCAGGGGCAGACAGCUCCAACUCCCUGGCAACUCCAAGUCAGGCUCCUGUCUGAAAACUCUGAAGCUGCUGCCAGUUAGUGUAUACAAUGCUGGGCUUGGUAGGAAGCAGCUGCCUGUGUUCCUGACAGUUCCUGUGUUCCUGUGACACCUCCGGGUAUAGGGCGGUAUAUAAAUUCAAGAAAUAAUGAUAAUAUAAGGGAGCAUCUAAUACAGAUGAAAGCAAAGCUAAAGACACUUUUUUCAUCACGAGUGAUGAAAAUCCAGUGUGCCCACCCCACGCUGCCUCUACACUUCCAGUUCAUGCUAGCAGAUUGACCAGCUCCCAAUGGGUUUCAGAGUCCGUUCAGCUUGUGGGUACUGAGGUUUAAAGCCCUACAUAGUUUAGUGGACAGAUGUUUGUUUGACUGUCUUCCUCCCUAGUGGUCUGCUCAGUCACUGUGAUGUUAAUAUGAACUGGGGUGCCCUAGUCAUUCAAAGUAAGUGAUGACCGGAGAGAGUCUUUGCUUCUGGUACGCCACCUCUGCAGUGUUCUCAGGGAUGCUUGCAAAGUGCCUGUGUUUAUAUCAUUUCAGUGUCAGACAAAGAGCUUUUAAAUGUUCCCACGCUUGAUUCUCUCUCUCUCUCUCUCUCUCUCUCUCUCUCUCUCCCACACACACACACACACACACACACACGUCUAUAUCUAUCUGUGGUUGUCUGCUGGG